UUUAUUUGGAAUGCAGAAAUCUUAAUCAAUAUCAAAAUAUUUCUAAUAUUAAUGAAUUACUAAAUGUUUUCUACAAAGGUAUUAUAAAUGAUUAUGAUAUUAGUACUCAUUCUACGCUGUUUAUAAUUGAUGGAUUAGAUGAGUUUAAAUAUUUACAUGAACUAAUAAAUUGCAGUGCGAGUAGUAACUAUCCAAUUGUUAAUGUUUUAACAGAAAUUCAAAAAUAUAAAUAUGUAGUUGCUGGUAGAGUUUAUGCAAUUGAUCAGUAUCAAAGUAUAUCUACAGAGGAUUGUGAUAAGAUAAACAUUCAAAUUAUGGGAUUUAAUGAAGAUGGAAUAAAUAAUUAUAUAGAAAAUAAUGUUUUAGAGGAAAGAAAAGAUGUUGUGAAAGCAAAUUUGAAGGAAUCUGCGAUUGCAAAAUCAAUGUCAUCUGUUCCAUUUUAUUUAUCUUUCAUGUGUAAGAUUAUGAGUAUUUCAAAAAAUUUAUACAAAAAUUCUUUUUUAACAAUGACAGACUUGUAUGCAAAUAUUUUUUUACACUUUUUGCAAAAACACAUUAUCAAAAACAAUGAAUCGAUUUCUCAAUUCAUGGAAAACAAUUUUAAUAAAAAAUAUGUUUUAAACAUUUGUAAAAUUGCGUAUCAAUUGUUUGUUGAAAAUAAAGUAAUUUUUUCCAAAGAAGACAUUCAAACUUUCAUCAUUGACUUUGAUAAAAAUGAAAAAACUUUUUUUGGAUUUAUUGAAAGGAUUGAAACAAGUCUAGGUGAAUAUAUUUAUCAAUUUGCACAUUUGACAAUAAUGGAGUUUUGUGCAUCUAUAUAUGCAUAUAAUUGUUUAAGUAGUGAAGAGAUUAUGACCAAUGAAAAGCUGAAGAGUUGUUUAUCAAUGAUUUGUGGUUUAACCAAUAAAAAUCAAAAUAGUUCCUUAAAGUUUCUUGUUGACCUGAAUCCUUUAAAACAAACUUGUGAAGAUUCUUUAUUUUUGUUUUCUAUUUUUGAUCGUCUACUUAAAUUAUCUCGUCAAAGAAAUAAAGACUAUAAAGAUUAUUAAUCGAUCUUCUACUUAAUUAUUAUUACGUUAAUUUAUUCAUUGAAUGUUUUUAUGAAAGUCAAUCAUCAUUAACUGAUGAAAUAAAAUUAAUCGUCGAUGAACGAAAGUGGAUGAUUUGGAUUGACGAUGGAAAAACUUCUUACGAAACUUCUUGUGAAAAUUAUUUCGUAAAUCAUUACAUUAAAUCUGGAAGAAAGUUAUCGACGUUAAGUGUUGAUAAAAAUAUUUUAAGUGAUGAAGAAAAAAAUCUUAUAAUUCAAUGUUCAACAAAUGUUCGCGAUGUCUUCUUCUUUUCUUGUCCAAUUAAAUUAGAAGGAUUGAAACCGAAAGAUAAGAUUGAAACGUUGUGGAUAAACAUCGAAAUUUAUUUAAUAACCAAAAAAGAUUUUGAAGAAAUUUUUCUUCCGUGGAUUAAUCUUUGUGAAAGAUUACAUCUUUACCUUCACAAAGACAUCGAUUUCAUUGAAGAGAUUUGUGAAUGGAUUCGUUGUUUGAAUCUCAAGUGGUUGAGGAUCGAGUACCGUUGUAAAGAUUUUUUUAACCUCGAUAAAUUAAAAAACUUUAUAACACAGUAAAAUGUUUAAU